AUGUUCAUAGAAAAUGAUGAAGAUGGAAGUUCAAUGAUUUACAAUCACUUGCGGUAUAUUUUUAUUGAUGUUCUUCGUUCAUCAGUUUCUUACCGUGAUUUUAAAACUACACAUUUUUUAAAAAAUUCUGGCUGUUCUGCUAACAAGCAUGACGUUACUGUGCUUCUGCUGUAUCAGUUUGUUGCUAAUCACCGUGCACGACCACCAACACCAGAGGAAGAGUUGAAGGAACAGGAGAUUAAUGAAGUCAAAAGUGACUACGAUACACUUCCAGCUUAUGCGUAUUUUCCAGACAGUGUCAAAGAGAUUUUGAAGAAGGAAAAAAUGCGUUAUUUACAACUGCUGCAACAGCAAACAUUAUAG